AAUAAAGAAUAUAGAAGCUCACUGAUAACAGCAGAAUAAUAAAUAGGAGAGAAAUUAAUUCGGCAAAUUGUAUGAUGAGGUUUGUAAAUGACUCCAUCUGUUUAAUUUAAGUAUAUGUCAGAAUGCCCAUGCUGUGAAUAUAUUAUACGCAUCGUUACGUUUCGGACCAAAGUGUGGCGAUUUUUAUCAUUAUUUAAAAACGCAUUAAAUACCCCAAACACUGAAUUACGUGUUCCUGUGUAAGCUCUGCUGUCGUAAUCUAAAUAUAAGCCGAUUAGUCUAUCUUUUUGGUAACCGCUUGUUUAAAAGCGCUGCUCGUAGGAUAGAUUGUUUAUUUAAUAUCGUGUCUCGCCUGCGAACGAACUGAAAUGGCCGUCAAAAAAGUCGCAAUUAUCGGAUGUGGCGUCGGAGGUCUGACCGCCAUCAAAUGCUGCCUCGAUGCCGGUUUGCAACCGACAUGUUUUGAGCAACAAUCGAAGUUCGGCGGUAUUUGGAACUACACGGACGGGCCACGGCCUAACCUUGGCUCCGUCCACGCAAGCACAAUAACGAACGUCAGCAAAGCAACAAUAUGUUACUCCGACUAUCCGAUGCCAAAGGAAUGGCCGAAUUACAUGCAUCACAGCAUGUUCAUGAAAUACCUUGAAAUGUAUGCGAAGGAAUUUGACUUGGAGAGAUACGUGAAACUCAAUACGACAGUGGAAAGGCUUUCCAAGGCCGCAGAUCACGAGACGACCGGAAGAUGGCUCGUAUCCUACACAAGAAAAUCCGAAGAUGGGAAAGUUACGGAGGAGAAUCACAAGGGUGAAACGAUUGAGGAGACGUUCGAUGCGGUGAUGAUUUGCGUUGGACAUCUUUGCUAUCCAGCUACACCUAAGUUUCCAGGAAUGGAAGAUUUCAAAGGUGUUCAAGUCCACAGCGGGAACUACAGAAGUUUUCAUCCUUUUGUUGGGAAGAGGGUUGUUGUUGUGGGUAGCAGUUAUUCGGCUGGUGAUAUUUCCAUUGAGCUGAGCCUUCACGCGUCACAAGUGUACCUGAGCACAAGGCAGGGUAGUUAUGUGGUUAAACGUCUCGUGCCAGGCUCCACAAAACCGUUUGAUCAUCAGAUCACGCGGCAAGAGAGUUUCGUCAACAAAUAUUUCAAUCGCAGCCUUUUUAAAGGUGUUCUCAAUACAGAGUACGAUUUUGUACGUCUCGGUCUUCAACCUACGGGAGUCGCGAUGGUUCAGCAAUUUCCAUUCUUCGGCGAGGAAUUGCCAACCAGAAUUAUGUCUGGUCGCGUGAUCGUAAAGGGGGCACUGAAGGAACUUAGGGGGUCGUCUGUGGUCUUUGACGGUGAGGACGUGGUGGACAACAUCGAUGCCAUAGUGUAUGCUACCGGUUUUGAUUUGAAGUUUCCAUUUGCGUCUGAUCUCAUUGAGGUCGAGAAUGGCCAUUAUACGAGGUUGUACAAACACAUCUUCAUACCGGACGCAGACCAGCAAACCCUGGCUGUGAUAGGGCUCAUGGAGACCAUCGGAGCACAUCCUCCGAUCUGGGAGAUCCAAGCCAGGGUGGCUUGCGAGGUGUUUGCCGGAAGGUGUGUGCUGCCGAGCAAAGCGGACAGGGUGGCUGAAUGUGUGGCAGAAGAGGAAUACCUUACGAAGAUUGGCAGACCGAAGGAAAAGUUUUUGUACGGUGUUAUGAAUAUUCCCUACAUGGACGAAGUGUCCGCGUUGAUAGGUGCUAAGCCAAACCUGUGGUCCAUUUUUCUAAGAGACCCUAAACUAGCCUACUGCUGUUUCUAUGGGCCGGGAAUCGGCGCCCAAUAUCGACUACAAGGGCCAAACACCUGGAAAGGUGCAAAAAAUGUGAUAAAAAGCGUCGAAGAAGAUUACCAAUACCCGUUGAAAGCGAAAAGAUGCGAGCCGAUGAUGGCGAAGAAGGAGUCUUCAUAUUUGUUUUGGGUUCUUGUUGUGGUUUUUGGAGCUCUCUUGGCUUACUUUCUUCGUUAUCUUUUGUGAAGAAUCGGGCUAGUGAAAUGAGGCACACCGCUUUUCGAGGUAAACUAGGUAAUGGGAAGUCCUAUGUACAUGGGAUGACUGAACUUGGUUUAGAAUUAUAUCGUCAUGAAUUAAUAUACAUAUACGACGAUAAUGUACCUUGUGAAUUUAGAUUGUAUACAUACUGAAAAUUUGCCCAACUGUGGCUGGGCAUCUCCAAGAUCAUAGGAUAGAUACUUCUUUAUUAAAAAAUCUUUUUAA